AAAAAGAAAUAUGGAAAGCUUUAAUAUAUAUAACUAUGGCAAAAAUACAAACAGGAACUCCAUGUAAAUUAUUUAAGAUUAUGCUAGUCCUGAAGUAAGUAGAGAUUAACCUUAUUCUAACCCUUCAGAUACAUAUUCACUUGAAUGCGUUAUUUAUGAAAUGGCUACACUUAAGCCAUCUUUUAGAGCAAAUGACCUUAAAGGUUUAUUUAGAAAAAUGUCAGCUGGCAUUUAUGAAAAUUACCCAAAUAGUAUUCUAAAAAAUAAAUUUCAUGAUUGCUUCUCUUUAAAAGUACCUUCAUAAUUAAGACCCAAUUAUGAAUAAAUCUUGAAUGACUCUACUAUUAAGAAAUAUAUUGAUAAAUUCGAGCCAUAAUCUAAAUAAUAAUAAUAAUUAGCCAAAGCACAAUUAUUAUAAACAAUUUUAUUACCUAAAAAUUUAAAAUAGUUAUAAAUAAAAUUAGCAACACCUAUGUAUGAUAUCAAACAACCAAUAAAAUAAUUACCAAAUUAACCAAAAUCUACUAGAUCAGUUUCAUUUAAUAAAUAAAAAUACACUGUAAGAUCCAAAAUCAUACUCCUCAAUGUUAAAAAAAAUAACCAAAUGUUAUUUCUAAUUAGCAAAUACUAAGACCUGUAAUAAUUUAUUUUUUUAUUAUGAUAGAAAAUACCCCUAACUCCUGCCAAAUAAUAGCAACCUGUGAAUGUUUUGAAUGAUCCUAAAAAUUAAAAACCUUAAGAUAGACCAGUUUCUGCUAUGAGACUUUAAAGUCCUUGCUCAGUUUGAAAAAGUAUUUAUUAAAAAUAGAAUCGAAAUCUAAUUCCUUUAGCUAGAAAAUCA